UUUCAUAAAAAUUCUAUGGGAUCCUGAUCAGGCUCCGUAAGCCUUUCACUCCCCCUAUUCUCUGCAACGAGAAGCUCGAUCUCUUUCACUCUUUCAAGUCAAUCCCAGUAAUUUUCCCCGAGAAAAUUAAGGGAAAGCCCAGGAAAACUUUUCCCAGAAACUUUUUUUUCUUUUUGUCUUACCACGCCAUACUUUGUGUAUGGUAAAAUAUAAGUUUGCAUCGUUGUGAUUGGUUUUAGAUAGAAGGUACAACAAUGGCGGGAAUAGCCAUAGUUUUGGAUGUAUUACGGAAAAAUCCAAGUUUAUAUACAGGCCAAAGCCUCCACUCUUAUGGGUUCUUCUCAGCCACCGCUGCCGCCUCUGCCGCCGCCGCUGCCAUCUCCGCCGGAACCCCUUUUGCCUCGAGGGCGUUGUUUGGGAUACCGGUCGCGCAUUGUGAUGCUGGUGCAUCAUUGGAUGAGGAUUACAUUUCCCGCAUGCGAAGUGCAACUGCAAAUAUCUUUCAGCAUGAUUCUUUGAAAUACAGAACAAAAGAGUACUAUAUUGAGUUAAAGCCUUUAUUCUCUGCUUUUGAAUUGAGGGCAUUUGCUAUGACUUCCUUGAGAUCAUUUUUGAUGAACUAUUUGCCUCUUUUGGAGCCUCGUUCAAACGUUGAAGAGGAUGAUGAUGAGUUCCUUCAGGACACUCAAGAAGAGCGCCAUGUAGAUUUAGUUGUUCCUCUCAAAAAAUCAGUGAUGCAAAUCAUCCGUGAGAUUACAGUUGUAACUACUAGACGAGUGCUGGAACGAAUGGCUGUCCAUUAUGUUUCACAAAGGAUGGCAUGGAAACUUUUGAAAGAUGUUCCCAAAUCUGCUGUGCGCAAAGCUGUAAGAGGGAUGCCUACAUCGGUGUACUUCUUCAGCGUUUGCAGGACAACUUUCAGGGGACACUUUCUUGGGGUUGCAGCAACAUGGCUCGUCCAAGUUGGCAUCAAAAUCUACAGAUACUUUUCUUCUAUAAUUAAAGAAGACCGUGAUGAUGUUGAUAAAGCAGAAAGAGUAAAACUUCUCGCGAAAAAGGUCUCCUGUGCUACUGUGAGGUGUGGUUCAUCACUAGUUUUUGCUUCCAUUGGAGCAGGGCUUGGCGCCACCUUUUUUCGUCCUUCAGCCGGCCAGUGGAUUGGCUGUGCUGUUGGGGAUUUCGCUGGGCCUAUUAUUAUAUCAGUUUUCGUGGAGAAAGUUCUGCGCUUGGACCUUUAAACACUGGGUUCAAUUGUCUGACAUACUCUUUGCAGCUGCUUAAAUUUGACUGGUUUACUUAUAAAACUGUUGAGGUAUUUGAUGAUAUAUCUCUGAAAGCAGGUAUUGAAGUAGAAGCCAUUAUGGCAUUUAUCAAAAUUUUCCCUCCGUGGGCCAUUGUUAUUC